AUGGGUGCAGGAUCUUCAAAGAUUGUUGAUGACCUUAUGGAAGGUACCAACUUUGACAGAGAGGAUAUUGACCGUCUCAGAAAGAGGUUUAUGAAGCUUGACAAGGACAAGUCUGGUACAAUAGAAAAAGAAGAAUUUCUUUCCAUACCCGGAGUUGCCUCGAAUCCACUUGCCCCAAGAUUGAUGGAAGUGUUUGAUGAAGAUGGUGGAGGAGAUAUUGAUUUCCAAGAGUUUGUUGGCGCCCUUAGUGUAUUUAGUGGUAAGUCCACCAAGGAUGAAAAGUUGAAGUUUGCAUUCAAAGUAUAUGAUAUUGAUAGAGAUGGUUAUAUUUCUAAUGGGGAGUUGUUUAUUGUGCUAAAGAUGAUGGUUGGCAAAAACUUAGAAGAUGAACAAUUACAACAGAUUGUUGAUAAAACCAUUAUGGAAGCCGACCUUGAUGGCGAUGGGAAGUUAUCAUUUGAUGAAUUUAAUAAGGCUGUGAGUGACACUGAUGUUGCUAGAGCUUUGACUUUAGCUUCGUUUUAG